AUGCUACGAGACAUUAAUGAUUCAGAGUUAACAUUCGGUGGAAAAGUUGUCGUUUUUGGUGGAGAUUUUCGCCAGGUUUUACCUGUGGUUCGUAAAGGAACAAGACAAGAACAUGUUGAUGCCAGUUUGGUUUCUUCUUACUUGUGGCCUACAUUGAUCAAGUUUCAUUUGUCUGAAAAUAUGCGAGCAAGAUUGGAUCCAAUCUUUUCAGAAUAUGUGUUAGAAUUGGGCAAUGGAAUGCCACCAAUUACAGUUGAUGAAACUAUAAAAAUUCUUGAUGGCAUGCUUGUUCCUUACGAAGAUGACUGUACUUCUUUGGAUCAUUUAAUAGAUGCUGUUUUCCAUGAUAUUCAUGAAUAUUCAAUAAAUAUUUCAGCUAUGAUGAAUCGGGCCAUAUUAACACCAAACAACAGUUAUGUUGAUGAAAUAAAUGCAUUACUAAUUCAUAAAUUUUCUGGUGAGCUUAAGCGAUAUUAUAGCUUUGAUGAAGCAAUAGAUACAUCUGAACAGUCAAUUAUGGAAGAUUUUUUAAAUACUCUAACCCCAAAUGGACUUCCUCCUCAUGAAUUGUUACUGAAGAUAAACUGUCCUAUCAUGCUGCUUAUAAACAUUAAUCCUUCAGAAGGACUAUGCAACGGAACAUGUCUAAUUUGUCGGGCUUUUGAUCAAAAUGUCAUUGAUGCAAAAAUCGCAGUUGGGCAUCACAGCGGAAAAAGGGUCUUUAUUCCAAGGAUCCCAUUCUUACCAAAUGUUGAUGAAAAUAGUGGCUUCCCUUUCAAACGAACUCAGUUGCCUAUCAGAUUAAGUUUUGCAAUGACUAUAAAUAAGUCACAAGGGCAAACAUUGGAUUUUGUUGGAAUAUAUUUACCUCAACCUGUUUUCUCACAUGGUCAAUUAUAUGUGGCUUUAUCAAGGGCAAAGACUGCAUCUACAGGAAAUCAGCUGCAAGCUACAAUAUUUGAUAAGGAUAUUGACUCGCGACAAGAUACUUUACACAUUUUUCAGUCAUAUUACAUCAGUAAUGCAUAUGUGAAGCCAUUGGAUCCGAAGUAUAGAAUUGAAACAUAUGAAUAUCAAUGGAUCUUGAAUGCUAAAACGAUAAUUGAGGAAGUUCCAAUGGAUGAAGGACAAUUGGAACCACCAAAAUACCAACUCAUUCCAUUCAAUGAAUUAGAUGCUUACAAGAAUUCAAUUGCAGAAAUAGGAUUAUCUCUAUCAUCACGUCCGAAAAGUAAAUUUAUGACCAAUCCUGUUAUUCCUGAGGCAACUUCAUUACAAGAGUGUUGCCGAGCAUAUGUUAAACUCGACGAUAGUACAGGAAGACUAUCUGCUGUUAUGCUUGGUGAAGUUGUAGAAGAAGCAUUCGGUUGUUCAGCAGUUGAGCUUAUGAAUCAUACUGGAGAUGAUGACACAAAAUGA